UAACCUCUGACCUUGAUGAGAUCAUCAUGCCAGUAGAUAGGAUUGAACUCCAUCUAGUGUUUGGUGAUAUCACCAAUGAGACUACUGAGGCCAUCGUGAACACCACUGACUUUAAGGACUUCCAGACAAGUGGAGUGUGUAAAGACAUCCUCACCAAGGCAGGACCUCAAGUCCAGGGUCAACUGACAGGGGCUCAGGUACAAAGUGGACAAAUCUGUACAACCCCACCAGGAGGAUUCCCAUGUAAGACAAUCAUGCAUGUGUGUGGAGAGAGGGACGCCGGUGUUAUCAAGACCUUGGCAAAAGAAAUAGUGGUUCAAUGUGAGCGUGGCCGCUACCAGUCUGUGGCCAUUCCUGCUAUCUGUGCUGGACAAGGAGGUUUAGAUCCAAAAGUGGUGGCCAAGUCCAUUCUAGAGGGAGUAAAGGAUGGAGUUCAAGGAGCGAAUCUUCAAUAUCUCAAAACUAUUCGGAUCAUUCUGCUGAAGAUUAAUGUUUUCCUGGAGUUUAAAGUGAUGGCACAGCAAAUCUUUGGUGGUAAUACACAGUUGACAGCUCCUGCACCACUUGUACCUACAAGCGUAACCUCCAGAGGGCGCAAUAGAUCAACUAACUCAUCCAGAUCCCGAUCACUUUCUGUACCACACUCUAUUGACUUGAGUUCUCUAGUCACAGCUUUGCCAGUCACAGACAGCACAGCAGCAUUUCUAGUCAUCGGUCUCACCGAUAAGGACGUCUCUGAUGCCUGCAGAGAACUUCAGCGGACGUAUGACAGCCAGUGCUCCACACAGUCCUUCCACCCAGAGGAGAUUGAACGUCUCACUCAGUAUGAGGUGAACCAGCUCCUCACUAAAAUCAGUUCACUGCACCUGCAGCUGGAACGGAUCAGCUCUGAAGGAUGGGUAGUUAAAGGGCUGAAGGAUGGCGUGAAUGAGGUGGUUAGACUGAUAAAAGAUGCACUUCGCAGACAGGUAAGAGAGAAGGAACAGUCAUCCCUCUUCAAUAAAGUCACGUGGUGCAUUCUGGGACCACGGGGUGUUUGGCAGAAGGUUCCCAUAGAGGUGAAUUAUAAGCUUGAGAAAAAAGAUGUGAAAGAUGGAAUUGUGGAUGCACAGGGUGUGAAAUGGACUGUGGAUUUGAGAAACAUGCAGGCUACAGCAUGUGAUUCAGAACAGGUGACGGCUCUCAAACGACUGGAGAACCUUUCAGAUUUCUCUUUGCCCAUCACUUGGGACAACAUGAGUCAAAAUGACCCCUUAAAGAAGAUUGCUUUAGAUCCACAAUCUGCGGAGUACCAAAUUGUGAAGGUGGACUUCAAGAAGACUGUCGCAAAAACAGUGCUUAAGAUCGAGCGCAUCCAGAACAUGAAUCUUCGGCGGUUAUAUGAAGGACGUAAAAAAGAGCUGGAGAACAGAAAUGGUCUCCCUGUGGGAGCAGGAGAGAAGAUCCUUUAUCACGGCACAUCAGAGGCGUCCUGCUCAUCUAUCAUGAAGUCAAACUUUAACCGCAAUUUUGCUGGGCAAAAUGCCACCGUCUACGGUCAUGGGACAUACUUUGCUGUGAACGCCAGCUACUCUGCCAAUCCUACCUAUGCGGUUCCUGCAGCAGACGGGAAUCAGCUCAUGUUUGUGGCUCGUGUGCUUACGGGUCAUUACGCUCAGGGUCAGGGGAACAUGAGGACGCCCCCUGUUCGCAUCGCACCUGACCAGUAUUUUGACAGCGUGGUGGAUAACGCCCAGAAUCCCUCCAUAUUUGUGGUUUUCCACGACUGCCAGGCUUAUCCAGACUACCUCAUCACAUUCAAAUGAACUCCAACCAAAACCAACCUUGGUUUGUUCCCUGUAAAGUCAACCGGAUGAGCUCUGGAUGAUUUAUAAACCUUUACUAUUUAUGUAGUUACUUUGACAUUUAGGCUAAAUACAAUCACCUUUUAUAAUCACCAAACCUUUUAUUCAAAGGUUAGAUUUAUUUAUCACAUAGCAGAUACCUCUUUAAGCUUUAAGUCUGCUCAUUGGAUGAUAGCAAAUGUUGAAAUUCACAAAAACAUAUGACAGCAGAAAAAGUGCACAUCAUUUGACAAAGCUGUCUAUAGUUUAUAGAACAGUUGUGCAAAUGAAAUACUUCAGAGAAUCACACAGUUACAGUUGUAUAGUUAUUGUGUGACUUGUGCAAAACACACAAGUGAUAUUUAGCUUCAGGGCGAUCGAUUCAUCACUCCAGGAUAAAAAAGAAAGGCUUUGCAAUUUGUAUUGGUCAUAUUCCAACUCUUCUUUCUCAGUUCCCAUGUCUCCUUCAGGCUCCUCACUAUCAUGAUGAAACCAUUAAACGUUGUUCUGGAUGAAAUGGAAGAGUUUGCGCAAUUUUGCCGUCACAGCAGUGCAAUUCCCUAAAACAUUAAUUGGAAGCGCAUGGAUGAACCCAAGAAAACAGUCUAUAUUGUAACAGAAGAAAUUGUUUUCUUGUAUUUAACACAAUUUCUAUUUUUCUUUAAUUUUCUGAAAUUAAUUUAGCUUAUGAAUCUGCAGAACGAACUGAUCAACCUCUGUUUUAUAGAGGUAAUCUCCCAUUGACUUGUAAGCUUUCAAAAUGUCUACAAUUCUAAAUCCAUCUAAUGGCGAUGAUGGUUGUGAUAUUUGCAUACUGAAUUGUGAUUGGUUUUUGCUUUCCUGUCUUUACAGCACUUAUCACUAGCACUUUUUUUUCAAGUUGAGUCACUUGUUAUACUGUACUUAAAUGUACAAAAACAAUAAAAUCUUUAUUGAGACUCAUAAAA